AUGAAUUUGUUCCAAGGCGCACGAUUCUGGCUAUCCAUAACUGUUCCACAAAGGUCAAGGUUUAAAGAAUUAAUCAAGCAAUAUGGUGGCACCGUUGUGCUGAUGGAGAAGGAUGCCGAUGUGAAGCUGGUGGAUCAUACGAGGAAAGACCUGCCUCAAGACACGUUCUCCUAUCAAUACAUAGAGCGUUCUAUCAAUAAGGGACGACUCGAAGAUCUAGAAGCCCAUCGGGUUGGGCCUUCUGCACCUCGUCCAAUGAGUGCCUUCAAUAUUCCCACCAAAAGCACAAGAUCGUUCUUUACCCUCAAAGAAGACCAAAUCUUGUUUGACUGGGUCAAUCCAUUUGAGCACGAGCCAGGGGCGCCUGUCCAAGGUAAUAGAAUUUACCAGGAUUUAAGUGAACUGUUUCCCGCUCAUCCAUGGCAGUCCUGGCGUAGCAGAUACUUGAAGCAUCUGCGCGGCAAAGGCCGUCCAGGGGGCGGCACCCCAUUGUCAUAUGACGAGCUUGUACAAUCUGCACCACCUGAAGGAGAACGUCCAAAGACGUUACCUGCCCGAACUUCUUCCACAGCAAAACCUAGCUCAAGAGUCCCCCAGCUGGCACGACCUGCUCCCGUCCAAGCAAGUAUGACACAAAGCCCAAAACGAAAACGAGACCCGGUCAUUGAACCGCUGAAUCAACGGCGGAGGGAUGUUUCACCUAUGAAAAGAAGAGCAAUCGAAUCUUCUGCAACUGCAGGCCCUUCCUCACGCCGUCCCCGUCCUGAUAGCCGUGGACCACAUCCAGACUCAUCAAACAUGGCAAUCGCCACACCACCUGUUACUGGACGCCCAGGACGAGGCUCUCCCGGUGUCUCGUCAUCAGAUACAGGAACACUUCAAGGCCUUGGUAUUCCAGCUCUCUUCCCAGACCCAAAUCGAUCCGUACAAACUCCUCGCCGCGGCACUCGGGAGACUUCACAACGACCAACUGCUGCUACAGAAUCACUAGCGCCGCCAGCUCCUCCACGACCAUUGGGGGACAAUGCCUUCGCGCAGUUUGGUCGAUUCAAGAAACAAGCAACGAAUUCUAGACCACCAGUCAAUAAUAUCUUUGAAGACUCGGUGGACCCCAUAUUCCUAGAACUCCCAUUCUUACCAUCAAGCCCAGCAUCCCAGGUGACCGACGAUGAUACCUCGGACGCACCCGACGUCGAUACUUGGAUUGAUCAACGCCUAGCGCGAGGUGCCAAAGAGUCCCACGUAUUUGAUGCUCUGCGAUGUACGAGCAUGGUCCCAGACAUGGCGGAUAAAGUUCUCGAAUACCUCACCGCUGGGAAGGGUAUUCCCGAUGAUAUGCCCGGGGUCUGGACAGCCGAGGACGAUGAUUGUUUACAGGCAGAGGAGUAUUCACGUGUACAGCGAGCGUUGACGAAGCACGGCGAAGAAGCGUACAAGGAAAGAUGGGAAUAUUUUAGCCUGGCGCGGCAGACAGGACUUAUUGAAUGA